CUAUCCCCGGUCUCUUCUUCAGGACUAAGUUCUAUUGCUUCUUUCUUUUCUUUGUUGUUUGUUUGUUGCAGGAGAGAGCUGGAAAACAACUCCUUAGACCUCAACAACUUGCCUGAGGAUUACACUAGGGAUGGUAAUAAGCAAGUGUUUGAGGGUAGCAGCUCCUCAUCAGGGUGCAGGAAAAAGAAGAGCGACGGAAAAGAAGAAUGCGGAAAGGUCUACGAGUGUAGGUUCUGUUCCCUCAAGUUCUGCAAGUCUCAAGCUCUUGGCGGGCACAUGAAUCGCCACCGUCAAGAGAGAGAGACUGAGACACUGAACAAGGCUCGUCAGCUGGUCUUCGGUAACGAUACCCUAGCCGCUCAUCCAGCCCUUCCUCCUCAUCAUCAUCAUCUAGCCAGCUGCCAAUCGAUACCGGGAGGCUAUCACGCGGCGACCAACGUGGCAGAUCCGCCGCUUCCAUUCAGAUCAUCGAUGUACCCACCGCCGCCGCCACCACGAUUCUUCUCGGCCUCCUCCUCAUCUUCCAUCGUCCAACCACCGCCGCCUUACCUAUACCCGUCGCCGCCCCGCCUCGUGGCCUACCCUUCGCAUUACAAUGGCAACCAGCACCCGGCCGCCGGCGAUAACUACUCGAUGGGCCAUGUGUUCGGCAGGAGCUCAAGCUCGCACUUUGGCACGCUGGAGUCGAACUACACCUGCAUCGGGGCGCCGGUCGGAGAAGGGUUCAGUGCACCCGGGGGAGGUGGCAGGGAAAGGUCGCCGCAGGGUCAGAAGGAAGGAUCGAAUUGGGUGUCAAGAUUGGAUCCUCCCUCGAUCAAUCGGUUUCACGAUGGGUUCUAAAAAUUUGAUCUUGUUGGACGUAUAUUGGUGCGCUGAACCGAGUUCUCGAAAAUCCACCCUCAGGGACAGAGAGAGACAGGGAGAGGACAUGACAAACACUGACUAGAGAGAGGGGGUUUUCAUUUCAUGCAAUGGAAGGAGAGAGAGGAGAGAAGUUUUGGUUUAUUUUGGGGGACAGAGGGAGGGGGUUGAAUGUUACAGCUUUUGGAGUCAGGUACACUCUCUCCUCAGCUAGUUUGUCCUCUGAGAGAGAGAGAGUGUC